CCGUAGCAGCGCUCUGCCUCCAGCCGACGAGGACGCGCUGUGACGGGCUGACGGGCUGCGGGGGAGCCGGUGUGGGCGCAGCGGAGGACUUUCCUAUAAAAGCAGGAAUCCCGCGUCUCGCUAACAGACGAACGCUGCGGUUUGCGGCCAACAGCCGUGAUUUCCUCGCUGCCGUCUAUGGUUGUGAGUGACGCUCCGAACAGGAUGUCCCGGACCGACGAGGUGCACCGCAUCACGGAGAACGUGUACAAGUCCAUCAUGGAGCAGUUCAACCCCUGCCUGCGGAACUUCAUAGCCAUGGGGAAAAGCUACGAGAAGGCGCUGACCAGUGUCACACAUGCUGCAAAGGGCUACUUCGACGCUCUGGUGCGGAUGGGCGAGAUGGCCAGCGAAAGUCAAGGCUCUAAGGAUCUUGAAGAGGCAGCAUGGGAGGUGCUCUUUCAGAUGGCCGAGGUGCACAGACAGAUCCAGAUCCAGCUUGAGGAGAUGCUGAAAUCUUUCCAUAACGAGCUGCUCACAGAACUGGAGAAGAAGGUGGAGCUGGACGCGCGCUAUCUGAAUGCUGCACUGAAGAAGUACCAGAUGGAGCAUAAGAGCAAAGGGGAGAGUUUGGAGAAGUGCCAGGCCGAGCUGAAGAAACUGCGGCGAAAGAGCCAGGGCAGCAAGCAUCCCUCCAAGUACGGGGACAAGGAGAUGCAGUUUGUGGAGGCCAUCAGCAGCAAGCAGGGCGAGCUGGACAACUACAUCGCCGAGGGCUACAAGAACGCCCUGUCUGAGGAACGACGGCGGUACUGCUUCCUGGUGGACCGUCAGUGCACCAUGGCCAAGAACAGCAGCAUCUACCACAGCAAGGGGAAGGAGCUUCUGUCUCAGAAGGUCCCAGUGUGGCAGCAGGCGUGCGCCGAACCCAACAAACUGCCAGAUCGUGCCAUGUUCUUGGUGCAGCAGAUGAGCGGUGCAGCGGGCAGCAUGGCUCCUGGUGCUCAUCACCCUGGUAUCUCAGAACCCAGCGCCGGUGCUAAACCAAUGACAGUGCCUCCAGAGCUUGCAGCCCUCAGGGCCAGCGGGGGAAUCGGGCAGCAGAGGGUGAUGGGAGGUGUAGACGGAGGGAUGCCAGUGAUGAACGGCACAGACGGCGCCCACGGAGGAGACGACUAUCAGCAGUGGAUGGAGAGCAGGAUGGCACAGGGGAAAACAUCGCCGCAGAUCCAGCGGCAUGCGGGCGAGGUUUACUCCAACACACUGCCUGUACGCAAGAUUGCACCUGCCAAGAGCAAGACCCCCCUGACGGAGACUCGCACGUUGCCACGGUCCAGUUCCAUGGCUGCAGGUCUAGAGAGAAAUGGUCGAACCCGGGUCCAGGCGAUCUUCUCCCAUGCUGCUGGCGAUAACAGCACCCUGCUUAGCUUCUCUGAGGGUGAUGUGAUCACCCUGCUUGUGCCUGAGGCCCGUGACGGGUGGCACUACGGCGAAAGCGAGAAGACCAGGAUGCGCGGCUGGUUUCCCUUCUCGUACACUCGUGUCAUCGUCGACAGUGAUGACUCCAUGAGGCACCUUCGAGUACACAACCUCCAUCAUGGGAAGAGUAGCAGCACAGGGAACCUUUUAGAAAGAGAAGACCUGCCGCUCCCCACUCCUGAUUACGGCGUCCACUCCCACAUGCCUGCACAGAGCUUUGCCACUUUGCAAAGCCGGCAACAACACCCCUACAGUGUGGCGGUGCCAGGCUUCUCACAGCAAGGAGUUGAAGAGUACGAGCCUCGCUUCCCCACAAGCUCCACAGACGUCAAAUUGAUUUCAACCGUGUGAGAACAGAAAAAAACAGAUGCAGCCAGACGAUGCGAUAAGACAAGCAAGCUCCUCCCCCUUUAACCCUCCCCCUCCCACUCCUACUUUUGGCCAUAACGUCUCCUCGAGCCGAUGAUGCCGUCAGGAGCCUCACCUCUACCCCCCGCCCCAUCCCAUCCCCCCACCCCCUCACCCCUUUAACCAGAACCAGAACACGACGGACUCAGAAGUUCCUCUGAAGAAAAUGUCUCUUUCUGCUUGUCUUUGAUGCAUGUUCAUUUCUUUUCGACCAGGAUCUUAUUUCCUGCAGGUGGACCUGAUUUGAACCAGGCUGUAAAUGUUGAUCCCACGGAGGAUUUUAGUAUUGUAAAAACAAAGAAACAGAUGACACUUCUACUGGUUCUUUCAGUGUAACUUUAUCUUUUCAUGCUGUGAGGUUUUGAUAAUUCCUCUGAGGUUUAGAGGUCACGUAUCACGAUAGUGAGCCGCUAAUGUAAAUGUUUGAAAUUAUACCGGGAAUGUUUAUUGUAGAUUAACCUGAUUCACUUUAUAACAGAUGCACCUUAUCAGCGUAAAAACCCUUUAAAUUAAGGACGCUAUCGUGUUUGAGGGUCAUGAAAAGGCUGAUUGGGGUCAACUAAAUCCUGCAACCUUCUCACAUUAACCUCCUAAAAGCCCAACUUUGGUUUAAAACAUUUUUAAUUUCUCCUCUCUCUGUGUUGUCUUUGAAGAAGACACAUUUUGUUUGUUUGUUGGUUUGUUUGUAACAAUGACCUGAUAUGUGGACGCAGGGUCUCAGGAGGUUAAAGUGAUUUGCAUUUCUUUUAUUCACUUUUUUAUUGCUGAGAUCGUGAGGAGACAAUCACAAUGUUUGAAAUAAAAUAACCAGAACAGCACUCAGAGAACAUACCUGAGCUGAUGCCCAAAAUCAUCUUUUUGGGUUACCCGCCAAUAGGUCGAUAACCCUAUGUUGUGGCGCGGCAUCCGUUGUAGUCGUCCAUUUAUUGCGAUAUCUCAAAGACUGUCUGAUAACUUUUUUUCUAAUUUGGCAAGGGCAUAAUAUGGGGUCAUUGACAUUGUUCCCGUC